GGCAUACGAAUCGGUGUUUACCCUAACAUCACAAACAUUGAUGAGUGUGGUAUAGGACGACAAUCACAGAUAAUUAAUGACCAGUGCUUUGAAUGGCACAAAAAGGAUGACCUGAUGGCCGAUUUGGCCAACGGUAGAGACGCCCGACCGGGAGAGUUGCCAUUCAUAGCAUUCAUAACCAAAUGGCAAUCAUCUUUUUGGCCGUUUCCCGAUGAUAUGAUUAGUUUUUGUACUGGCACAAUUAUCACUAAUCAAUGGAUCCUUACAGCAGCCCAUUGUGUUAGAAAACAAAAUGUUUACUAUAAGGUAAAUGUAGGACUCAUUGAUAAGUCAAAUAAGGGUCGGGAUUACGGUUACGACAAAAUUAUUAUGCAUGAAAACUAUAGGAAAGGUAAUGAUAAAUAUGAUUUGGCGUUAAUUAAAUUGAAUGAUGUGUUAGACUUCAAACAACAACACACCGAUCGACUAAUUAAUGCCAUUUGUUUGCCGCAACCAAAUGAUAACAUUCCCUAUAAUGAGUACGCAUUGACCACCGGUUUCGGACUAAUUUCCGACAAUGUUUUAGAUGAUAAACUUAAAAUGGGUUGGACUAAGAUUGCCAACAAAACUAAUAAAUUCAAUCAAAAACAUUUAAUAAUUGGUCAGAUAUUUCCACGAUUUGGUGGUUCAUUCUACUAA